AUGGCUUUGGAAGGUACUCGGCUGCGUUCAGAUAGCAACACCAGCACCAAGUCUAACAGGAUGUGUUUACACCAGAGCCUCUUACAUCUGCUCACAUGUGUGGAGGACCUCAGCUCAGGAGAUGAAGCCACUGAAGAGUUGUCCCGAACCCUAGACCAAGCUUUCCAGCUCUGCAGUAGACACAGCAAGGAUUUUUUCAGACUACAUAUAGUGACAUGGAAUGUUGGCACUGCAGAUCCUCCAGUUGAUGUGAGGUCACUGCUACAGCUUGACUUGGAGACUGAUCUUUAUGUGAUAGGUCUGCAGGAGGUGAGAGCCACUCCAGUGAAGUAUAUGUCUGAUUUCAUAGUGGAAGACUCAUGGAGCCACAUCUUCAUGGAUACACUUGGACCAAAUGGCUUUGUCAAGGUGACGUCUGUGAGGAUGCAGGGUCUUCUUCUCCUCCUGUUUGCUAAACAGACCCAUCUUCCUUUUAUCCGUGACCUUCAGACCACAUACACCCGCACUGGAUUCUUUGGAUAUUGGGGGAAUAAAGGUGGUGUUUCGGUGCGAUUCUCCUUCUAUGGUCACAUGCUGUGCUUUUUAAAUUGCCACCUAGCAGCACACAUGAACUAUGCUAUGCAGCGUGUGCAUGAGUUUGAGUACAUCCUAAGCUCGCAAGAUUUUGACUUCGACAAUACAAAACAUGUGCUUGACCACAAGGUUGUGUUUUGGUUUGGAGAUCUUAACUUCCGCAUUGAAGAUCAUGGUCUGCACUUCCUGCACACCUCUAUCAACAGUGGUCGCUUCAACUUGCUGUGGGAUAAAGACCAACUUACAAUGAUGAAAAAGAAGGAGCCACUAUUGCAGGAAUUUAAAGAAGGACCUCUAGAGUUCAAACCAACAUACAAAUUUAGCCGCUUCUCUGAAGCUUAUGACAUGAGCCUGGAGAAGACAUGGUUUGGUUUUAUCGGAAAGAAACGGAAGCCGGCCUGGACCGACCGGAUUCUGUGGAGGUUAAAACCUAAAUGCUCACAAUAUGAGGAAGAGAGUUGCUCAACAUCAUCAUCAGCAGACAAAAAAGACUUUUCUUUAAAGGUGACACAGCAGAAGUACACCUGUGACACAUCAUAUGGUGUUAGUGACCAUAAGCCUGUCAUUGGCACUUUUAUUCUGGAGAUGCAGAAGAACACGGAGAAGCCUUUAGUGUCUGUGAGCGCUGAGGGCCACUGGAGCGCUGAUGAGGAUGCAAUCCUGACAUACACCAUCCAGGACAACUUUGCUGCCUGCACUUCAGACUGGAUUGCCCUCUACAAGACUAACUUCAAGAGUUCCUCUGAUUAUAUUGCCUUUGUGUGGGUCAAAGAGGAUGAGAUUGCUGAAAUUAACAAAGUUACACAGUUGACUAUGAAUAAAGAUGACCUCCCUGUGCUGGCAGGGGAUUACAUUCUGGGUUACUACAGCAGGAACAUGCAGUCCCUGGUGGGCCUGAGCCCUACUUUUCAGAUAAUGGAGUCUAGGUUCGCUCUACUGGAAGACAUGGUGCCUGAGAAUGUUAAUGGACCUCAGUCUCAGUAA